CUGCUCUGCGUCAGCUGGCAGACUGAACAUUCCAGUCACUCAGGGAUGGCCGGCGUCGGUGGCCGGCUCUCUCGUGUAGUCUGGCUCAGCCUAACUCUUGUGCAUCACUUGCUCUCGCUUGGCUCUUCUUUGCCUGUCUCUGGUUGCAGCAACAUUCUUGGUUCGAGUGGUGGCUCGUCGGUCCGCCAACUUCAGGCCAGUCUAUUGAAUCAAGUCUACGCCCAUGUUGGUCUGCUUACUCGGGAGCCGUAUGCUGCUGUACUCUUGGGCUAUCUCAACUACCCAUAUAAUAUUGGCCUCCCUAGGAUAGCUAUCGGUGUGCUGAAGAAGAUCGUUCAGUUCUUUGACAUUGACCUCUUAUGGGUAUUAAAGCUUUGA